UAGCUCCUGACUCAUCACACACAAAGCUUCAGUCCCAGACAGACUCCAUCAAAAAACACACAGCACCGACACGACAAGAAAACAAUUUCACUCGAGGAUGAUUUCGAAGAUCAAGACCUGGAGCCGUUCUCCGCUGAUUCCGGCCAGAGAUCACGGGUCAGCGAUCCUUCCGCCGGCAGAUCGGCCGGAACCCAUUCCGGAGCUGUGCGAGGAAAGGCCCGUAAUGGGCUGGCUGCUCGGCUGGGAGUAUGGGAGGAAGUGGCUGGAGAGGCGCGAGGAGAUCCAGAGGCACCGCAACAUGGUCAGCAAGUUCGGCAGGAUUCCGGCGGACUUCAGCUGGUGGCUCAACCAGCGCAGACCCCUCUUUGUGCGCCUUCAGCGAUUCCGGAGCAAGCCCGGACCUCGUCCACGGAAACAAAUCACUGCCUUCGAGAUGGCCCAGCGGAGGCGUGAGGAGCAGAACCGCAAGCUAUUGGAGAGCCAGCCCAAAAACCAGUAAAACACAUAAUAUCCAAGAUGCUAAUCAAAGAAAAAACCCUGCCAAAAUUGUUUAACCAAGCAAUUGUAAAUAUACAACAAUAAAAUCGUAGUGCAACGAUUUCGCUAUGAUGAUGCGCCAAUAAA